CGGACCGGCGACAGGAGCACUCAAGCGGUCCUCGAACGCGGAACGUUUGAAGCUGCGGCUCCCGGGAGCACACGGCGCGGCUGGAGCGGCGGACCCGGCGGACCGAGGGGCGGGGCGGACUGGCCGGGGCGGGGCGGGAGGCGGAGGCGCCGCGUAGGCCCGGGAGGCCGGGCCGGCCCGGCUGGGAGCUCGAGUCCCAUGCGCCGCCACCUCCCCCCACGAUGUUCCCCUCCCGGAGGAAAGCGGCGCAGCUGCCCUGGGAGGACGGCAGGUCCAGGUUGCUCCCCAGCAGCCUUCCCCGGAAAUGCUCCGUCUUCCACCUCUUCGUUGCCUGUCUCUUACUGGGCUUCCUCUCCCUGCUCUGGCUGCAGCUCAGCUGCGCUGGUGAUGUAGCCCGGGCAGCCCGGGGACAAGGGCAGGAGACCCCAGGCCCACCCCACUCCUGCCCCCCGGAGCCACCUCCCGAGCACUGGGAAGAAGACGCGUCCUGGGGCCCCCACCGCCUGGCAGUGCUGGUGCCCUUCCGUGAACGCUUCGAGGAGCUGCUGGUCUUUGUGCCCCACAUGCACCGCUUCCUAAGCAGGAAGAAGGUCCCACACCACAUCUAUGUGCUCAACCAGGUGGAUCACUUCAGGUUCAACCGGGCAGCCCUCGUCAACGUGGGCUUCCUGGAGAGCAGCAACAGCACGGACUACAUUGCCAUGCACGACGUGGACCUGCUCCCCCUCAACGAGGAACUGGACUAUGGCUUCCCCGAGGCCGGGCCCUUCCACGUGGCCUCCCCGGAGCUGCACCCGCUCUACCACUACAAGACCUACGUGGGCGGCAUCCUGCUGCUCUCCAAGCAGCACUACCAGCUGUGCAACGGGAUGUCCAACCGCUUCUGGGGCUGGGGCCGCGAAGAUGAUGAGUUCUACCGUCGCAUCAAAGGGGCCGGGCUGCAGCUUUUCCGCCCCUCGGGAAUCACAACUGGGUACAAGACAUUUCGCCACCUGCAUGACCCAGCCUGGCGGAAGAGGGACCAGAAGCGCAUCGCAGCUCAAAAACAGGAGCAGUUCAAGGUGGACCGGGAGGGAGGCCUGAACACCGUGAAGUACCGUGUGGAUUCCCGCACAGCCUUGUCUGUGGGCGGGGCCCCCUGCACUGUUCUCAACAUCAUGUUGGACUGUGACAAGGCUGCCACCCCCUGGUGCACAUUUGGCUGAGCCAGCUGGACAGUAAGGAAGCCUGUGCCCACAGGCCACACUGCUUACUCAGGCUCUGGAUAAAGCCUCAGGCCCCGGGGCCCACCUCCCCUAGGAUGUGGGGUGGCCUGAAGCAGCGGAUCGCAAGCUGCACAUUUGCAGCAGCCCAGCUCCCAGAGGUGGGCUUGAGCCAGGACAGGACACACACAGGGUGCCUGGGACGCUGCUAGCAAUAAACAGUGAUGGAGAGAGACUGGGACGUGGCUCUCACCUGGGACUGUCCGCCCCGCCUUCCUGCUCGCCCUGCUCUCCCCGUCUUCGCGCACCCACACCUAAGGGCUUUUCCUUCCCCUGGACAGACGGCUUCAUGCCAAGAUGCAGUUCUGAAGCCAGGCCGCUGACAUGGGUGGCCAGGACAAUGCAGAGGGUUAAAACUGCAGGUUUCUGUGCAAGCCCCACAGAAAGGGAACAGCUGAGACCAGCUCUCUCUGGCUAUCGCCAUGCAGGAAUGCCGGCCUGGGGUGGGCCAGAUCUUCUGAGUUCUCAAAAAGAAACUUGAAUUCUGGA